CAGGAACGCCUGUUUGCUUAUCGUGGUCGAGGAGUGAUCGAUGAAUAACAAAGCGCGUGUUUGCCGCCAAAAUAUCCAACUGUCUUCAAUCUUGUGUGCUUUUUAGGCAUUUGUAGCAUUUGAGCCCGAUCGAACUACAAUCCUUAAUGUCUUCAGACUCAAUCUGACUGGUUUUAAUACGCAUUUGACGUGAGAUCUGCUAACAGGAUGGAUUCUAACUGGAUUGAAUACAAGUGUAAUUCAGGACUGACUUUAUUCAUCUACAACAAGGUGACUGGAGAACACAAAUGGCCAGCUAAAGAUAAAGGCUCACUAAAAGACAGCAUUGCCCAUGGUAAGCCAAUCUUGAACAAAGAGUUCUGCAGUAUUGCUACACAGACUGAUGAUUAUGGCUGUGAUAAUGGCUGCUCUUCAAUUUAUACUGAUAGAGGCCAAGACCAUGUUGUCAUGUCAGAUCCAAAACCAGAGCAAGUUGCAGCAAUUGAUGACAAAUCUGGUCAGGAUGAUAGAUCCAGUGAAGAUACUAUCUUAGAUACAGCUGACAGAGAUAGUCAGUCAAUUGAAGUCGUCCUCAAUCCACAUGCAGACACCAACUGUGGUCAACAAAAUGUCAUGAUGCUAGAAUAUGAACAAGAAGUCCCUUCCAUGGUGAGAGUAUACUCAGAGGGAAUUAUUGUCCUUAAUCCUGACAAUGCUUCACCUGAAAAAGACAAAGAUGUAAAUGACAGCUCCGUUGCUGAGAGUAACAAUAAGAAGGAUGUAGAAAUACAUGUCAGAGAAGGAAAUAGCUCUCAACAAGCUCUUGAUUCAUUGACAUGCUCUUAUUGUGCAAAGAAAUUCAAUUGCAAGUCAAAACUUGUUUGUCACCUACGAUCACACACAGGAGAGAAGCCCUUUGAAUGCCCUUAUUGUAGUAAAAGGUUUAAGCGAAAGCACAAUUUGAAUUCCCAUCUGAUGCAGCAUUCAGGAGAUCAACCUUUUCAGUGUUCAUAUUGUGAGAAGAGAUUUUCUCAUAAAAGCAGUUGGAGUUAUCACCUGAGAACUCACGCAGAGGAAAAACCUUUUGAAUGUACUCAGUGUGAGAAAAAGUUUGUAAGGCAGUGUGACCUAAAUAUGCACAUUAAAACACAUCUUGGAGAAAAACCCUUUCAAUGCUCUCUAUGCCAAAAGACAUUUUUAAGAAAGGACCAUCUGAAAGACCAUCUCAGAACACAUGCCGGAAAGAAGCCAUUUGAAUGUCCUUACUGCCAUAAAACCUUUGGACAAAAAGGAACUUUAAGCUAUCACAUCAAAACACACACUGGAGAAAAGCCCUUUCAAUGUUCCAUUUGCACAAAGAAGUUUAUCCACAGAGGCCAUCUAAAUGUCCAUCUUCAAAUGCACUCAGGUGAAAGACAGUUUGAAUGUCAACUCUGCCAGAUGAAGUUCAGUAGAGAGGGUCGUUUAAACUAUCACCUCAAAACACAUGGUGACCAAAAAGCUUUCUAAUGUUAUUGUGAAAAAUAGAAAGACUGCUUUUGAUUCAUCUGAAAGUAAUACGUUGAGGUAAGAACACUACAAAGUAUGAUUUUCUAGACAAUUGAAAUCUCUUGAAAUAUUGAUAUUAGCAGAGCUUUAUUCCAAAGAAAGCAGAAAUGUCAUUCUCAAACUCAUUAAUCAUUCAUGAGGUAACCAUCCAAUCCAGUGGUCUGAUUAAGAUCACCUGAUAGACUUUGAAAUCCCAGAAUAGCAUGCUUUGAAAUAUUUCCAGCUCCCAUAGAAAUGGACUGUGGACUGAGAAGUUUUUCUAGCUCCACUGUGGCUGUAUGAAUUUGAGAGAAUUUCAAAGUCCAAGUUAGCGAAAAUGUAUUAAAUAAUAGACAUAGUCAAAUAAGUGUAGAAUUAAUUUGGUAAAAAAAGCCUUAGUUUUGAUACAUGAUUGAAUAUAUCUCACAAUCAUCAGGCAGAUAUCUUUUCAACAUUUUAAACUGGAUUACAAUACUGAGAUUUCAAUAAGAAGUUAACCUGCAUUACAAUACUGAGAUUUCAAUGAGAAGUUAACAUGCUUUUAAAUCGUAUGAAUGAAGCACAUCGAUUGACAUGAACAGAUAAAUCAUCCUAAUGCAAAUCAAAAUUAUGAAACCUAAAAUUCCCAGCUACAUGUAAAGCUGCAAUAAAGCCAAUCUAUCUCAGUGAAAUAUACUGUCUUUGCUUUUUUCCCCUCGCAAAUAAUUAAUGAGUUUGAGAAGUUGUUCAAGUUCUUAAUUUCAAGUCCUUAGAAUUAAUUCCAGUCAGGGAAUUCCUGUCAAGUCUUCAUUGACCUAACUACAUUUUGUUAUUGUUUUUAUGUGGCAUCAAAUAUUGCUGUAAAUGAAGAGCACAUUCCUUUAGUAAUUUUAAAAGAUAUCAUGCAGCUUUGUACAUCAARCCAUUAUCUGAAACCAAUAAUGUUUUAUAGUUGUCCACUUGAGGCAUAUCUAAAUCAUAACAUUUAAUAGAUAGUUAUCAAGUUUUUGGUUAGACAUACGAGACAUACAUGUAUAAGAGGAAUAUUUACUGGCUGAUGUUUAUAUCACAACUACAAGAGACAUAGUUUGAUGGCAUUUUGUACACUGUUAUCCUUCAUGAGUUUGUAAGGUUUCUUGUGAUUGGAGGAAUAAAACAAUGCUCAUUGUUUCCUUGUUCUUACAGUAAAUCCUAUUGUUUUUUUCAUUUAUCAAAUAGCUUGUAAACCAAUCGGAUAAGAUCUUGCAAAAUCAUGAAGGGCUACCCAUUUUGUAAGAAUCUAAUCAGAAAAGGCAAAAAUUCAAAUGGRUUUUUGGUUAUCAUAUGGCCUGCRURUUCUACCAUACUUACAURAGGGCAAAGACCAUUUUAUUCUGUAUGAGUUAAACACAAUAAGGGAUGAAUUGAAACCACACACAAAAAAACAAACAUUGUCAGUAGUCUAAUUAUCUUUGUACUUCUCAAUUGCCAUGACGACUCAUUUCCCAUACAAACUUUAAUUGUGUUGUGAAUAGUUUCGUCUCUAGAGCAGAAGUCACACAAAUCGUUUCCUGGGUCAUCAGCCAAUCAGAGUAUGUGUAAUAUAUCUAUAUUUAAAAUAAUGUCUUUCACGAAUACACAGUCCACUGAUGAUUUUAAACAAUUUUCCAUGUAUGUAGGGUUUAGAUAUGAAAAACGUUGAGCCAAGAAAUCAAUGUACACUUUUUCAUUUUACCUUUUAAGGCUGUAUUAAACAAUGCAACAUAUCGUAUUAAUUAUAUCAAGAAAGAAUCAUACGUAAAAAUUGUUCUACAACUAGUUGUGUGUGUCCUAUAAAUUGUCCCAAGAUUUUGAACCUAGGCUCAAUAUCUUACUCGGAGUCAGUGUAGGGAUGAUACUUAUAAUUCAUGUUAUGCAUGAUAGUCAUGUUGUAUCAAUCCGUCUUUACCUAGUGCACCAUGAACCCUUGGCUUAAUGUUUUUUUUAUUAUCCAAUUUGAAAAUAGUAUACAUUUAGCAUAUAUUACCCUACAGUAUUUGAUGUAUUAGGAGAGAAAACUGUGGUCUUUGUCUUUGACAUGGAUUAUUAAGCUACUUUCAGAGUUUAAUCCCUCGAUAGUUAAGAGUUUGAGUGCUUUUAAUAAAAGUGUGAAACAUUAGUAAUAAUAUUUUGUACUAUUUAUACUAAUUUAUUUGAUGUUUUUUGUGCAGCUACAUUGUAGCUCUAAGUUUCACAAUUUAGUAAUUAGAAUUUCAUGCUUUUACUGAAAGCACUCUUAAAGUUGUAAAUUAUACUUUCAAGUAGUCAUUCAACUAUAUAGUACAAGAUAUAGUAUCAAUCACUUCCUGACCAUAUAUACAUGCACUUUAUAUUUUAUAUAGCUAUUUCAAAAAAGGUCGUCACAGCAAAGAGCGAAUGCACAAAACUGAAAGUUACUAUGUUUGUGGAUUAUUGAUGGCGAUAUUCACUCAUGAAAGCCUCAAUAAUGUUGUUUCCAUCAAAGAAAGAUUUGCAAUGGUGAUUUAUGUGGUAUGCAAAUGUUUUUCAUGAGAUAAGUGAGUCUUUCCCUUCAAAACCAGAAUGCCCACUUUAACUCUUGGUUGUGCAAUCGCUGUUUUGCUUUGACAACUUUUUUUGAAAUACCGGUAGCUAUAUGUCUGAAUAGCUACGUACAUCUUGAUAUUGCUACACAACACUAGUUACAGCUUUUAGUAUAUGUUGAUAUAUUAUCUUUUUGUAAAAAACUGUAUUUAAAACAUAUUUAAUGAUUGUACCUUGGGCUACACAAAGGUGUCACCAAAGAAUGUUAUUUAAUGCUGACUUUUAAAGGACAAUACAUGUAUUGAAAUAUUUAUAGUUUUAGGUAUUGUAUUAACCAGAGAAAAUAGAAAGAACAAUAUAGUGUCUCUCAAAAUUCUCUGGAGUGUCUAAAGAAGGAGCAAUGUUAGUCUUUGCAUUGGGAGACAACAGUUGAGCAGGAUACAUAAUUGUCCUUGGUAUCGAUCACCUCAGGCUAGCUAUAUUGUCAUAAUGCUAAGGCACAGCUCCAUGUCUUGAUCAAGCUAUUUAUUAGAAUGCCACAGAGAACAGCCCAGAAAUAAUAGUUUGCAGUUAAAUAUCUAAGAUAUUUUGUAUAAUUAAUUUAUUGUACUUUGAUAUUUAUAGUUUUAAUGUAUGAUAUAUUUAACCAAGUAUUAUGUAUUUACAAUCAUAUUCUAGCAUUAAUAGACCCUGUCUUUCACAAAAACAAUAUUCAUUUCGUAUUUAUAUCAAAAGGAGUCAGAUUGUUACACUGGUCUCUAUUUCAGGAAUGUGCUACUGUAAGAAUAGAAUUGUUCAAGCAACAGAAAGUUUAGUAUUGACCACAAAGUCAUAAAUUGUGGUCACAUUCAUGCUUUUAAUUUUGUUUUGAUUGAUUGAAUGAUUGAUGGACAACACUAGGAGUCCAUAACGUAGUUAUGCAUUUCUUAGGUCCUUUUUACAUGAACUAGGAUGCAGCUAAAGCGAGCUUUUAGUUUUGUUUUUGUUUCAUAAAACAAUAAUUAGUACUACCACCUAGAGACAGUCAGUCUCAUGUCAACAGGGCCUUACCACUACGCUCACUAUUUUACCAUCAAAACUAUAUUAAUUUUGAAUUUAUUACGCUGUUUGUUGAUGUCCACAUAAGACAAAAAACAAUGAAUCUGUAUUGUACCAUUUUUUAUUCGUAAAAAUAAGAAUAAUUUGCAAUUUGUGGAAUUCAGUGAGCUAUUAUAGCCGGGAAAUGAAAGUGUCUUGUAUUUCAUUAUAUGCUAAUAUAAUCAACUGAAAUAAAGGUGAUUUUUCCAUA